AUGCCCCUUUUCGGGGUGCUCACUAUUCCCAUGGGAGCUAACGCGGCUAUACUGGGUGAAAAGCAAGUUUAUGCGACCAUAAUCCCACUUGCGAGCGAGAAAAAGGAAGCUGAAGGCGAUACCACAGACGAGGAGGAGAUCAAGGAUGCUGAAGAAGACGAGGCUCUAGGCGAUCGGGUACAGGAACUAGAGGAGGUUAGCAUAGCCGGCGAGCAUGGUGUGGUCACGACCAAUCUUGACGCGGUUGGCGGAAGCGCGGCUCGCCUAAAUGGUCUGGAAGGCGAGGAGGAGUCUAAGAGCAAUAACGAUAACGGGGAAGGCGACGACCUAGAAGAUGUACUUAGCAAAGAAGAUCUGGUACGUCGCGGCGUCUCUACUAUAGAGGUGUAUCGGGACGACGGAGUAGGCGAGCCCGGAGGCUAUGGCGAAGUAGGAGAUGGCGCCGACGAGCAGGGCUACGGUGAAGAGGUAGUGAAAGAUUUUCUCGCCAUAGCGCGGCCGGAAACUAAGGGCGUAGUAGACGAGCUAUUGGUUAUUGUGAUUAGCUAUAUAUUUUGGGUGGAAGGAGUUAAUAGGAUUAAACGAACGAAGGCGAGGGUGAAGCAGGCUAUGACGGCAAACAGCUAG